AUCCCUAUGAGACGUCAAAACCAAACACAGAUUAUAUUGCAUCAAAAUCACAACAAAAUAAAAUAUAAUUCCAAAUAGAAAUAAAUAAAGUGCGGUUUUUAUUGUCUAUUUAUAUAUAUUUUUAAAUUUAGUGAUAUUUGAUAUAAAUCAACGCCGAUAACUCUAAUUAAUAGUAAAUAACAAUUUAUUUGGUUUUAGAACUGGUAAACUUAUGCUAUCUUUGCAGCUUUUAAAAUAAUAUAUGCAGAAGUGUGUUAAUGAACAAAAAUGCAUGAAGCAUAUGAAGUAUCCCAUCUCCUUACUGCGACGGUUCAAAUUGAAGCAAUAGCUGCAUAUGAUGGAAAUCUUUUAUUGGGAACAAGACAAGGUCAUCUAUUGAUGUACUCUUUAUCAUCAAACAAUGGAAAUCAGAAAUAUGAAGUGCAGCUACUAAGAUAUUGUAAAAACUUCAGCAAGAAACCUAUACAACAAAUUGAAGUUAUUCCUGAGGACAAUUUGCUCUUAUGUCUAACAGACAAUGUAUUGUCUACUUAUGAUAUAAACGGAGUAAAUUUUCCUUUAGUAAAGCUAUUUCCACAGACAAAGGGUGCUUCAUUGUUUGCUUUAGAUAAUAAGUCUACAACAUCUAUGACAGGAGAAUCAAAUUCUGUAGUACGCCUUUGUGUUGCCGUUAGAAGGAAACUUCAAUUAUACUAUGGUAAAAAUGGAGAAUUCAAACAACAUCUAUUUGAUUUUACAAUACCCGAUGUGCCUAAAGUGAUGGCAUGGGGACAACAGUACUUGUGUGUAGGAUUCAAAGCUGAAUAUACUUUGUAUGAUCUCUCAACAGGCAAACCAAAAGAACUUUUCCCUGCUAGCAGUUCAAAGCCUCUCGAGCCCACAAUAGCAAAAUAUUCUGAAACAUCUUUUUUGCUUGGUCGUGAUAAUACAUCAGUUCUUGUUGAAGAAAGUAAAGAUGUUGAAAUAAAGCAAACUAUAAAAUGGCUUGAAGCACCUUUAAGUGUAGUUUGGGAUGAGCCUUUUAUUUUAGGUUUAAUGCCUGAAGAAUUGAGGGUACAGACUGUAGAGCCUCCUUUAUUUAUACAAACUAUAUCAGAACUCAAUAAAGCAAGACUGAUGUACAGAUGUAAAAGAGGUCUGAUAUUUGUGUCGUCUGUUGGCCAAGUGUGGUGUCUUAGUUCGGUUGACGUCACGAAACAGAGACAGCAACUGCUCAAAGACAAACAGUUUCAAAUAGCUAUUGAUUUGAUGAAACUGUCAGAUUGUUCUGAAGAGGAGAAAAAGAAAUCGAUAAGGUCAAUUCAAAGACUGUACGCUUACGAUCUGUUUGACAACGGGCAUUACUCUCAGUCUAUGAAAGAGUUCAUCAAACUUAACACUGACCCAGCAGAGGUCAUCGAACUCUUUCCAGAUUUAGACGGAAAAACGACUGAAGCGUCGAACAAUAAGAAACUCAAAGGGAAAGAGUUGGAGAAAGCUCUGAAUGCGCUUAUAGAGUAUUUAGUGGACUUGCGUUCUAUGAUCGGGCAAAAUAAACCUGACGCAAGCACUAGUCAAGAACAGGGUAAUCAGAGGAAAUUGCAGCAACAGCUGGAGCUCAUUGAUACCACCUUAUUGAAGUGCUAUUUACAGACGAAUGACGCGUUUGUAGCUCCCCUAUUGCGCCUGAACAACUGUAGGCUUGAAGAAGCGGAGAAGACUUUGCUGCAGCACAGCAAGUACAGCGAGCUCAUCAUCCUCUACCAAACGAAGGGGCAGCACACUAAAGCGCUGCAGCUGCUGCGAGAUCAGGCUCAACAACCGGACUCGAGUCUCAAGGGAUACAACAGGACUAAGCAAUAUCUGCAGAACCUAGGUGCUGAUCAUAUACAUCUUAUAUUUAAAUUCUCCGAUUGGAUACUGAAAGAGCAUCCGGAAGAAGGUUUGAAAAUAUUCACAGAAGACAUUGUGGAAGUGGAGAAUUUGCCCCGUCCAAAGAUACUUGAUUUCCUCCUCAGAGAACAUGAUAAUCUCGUUAUUCCUUAUCUAGAACAUUUAAUACACACGUGGAAUGACACGAAUUCAACAUUUCAUGAUGCAUUAAUUAGAAUGUAUAAAGAUAAAAUUACAACAAAAAAAGCGGAAAUCACCGAAGAAGAGUACCAACAUACUAAAUCUAAAUUAGUGACUUUCCUGGAGAAAUCACCCCAUUACUCGCCGGAGAGGGUUAUUUUGCAUUUUCCCACUGACAGUUUGUUUGAAGAAAGAGCUAUCAUAUUGGGUAAACUUGGCAGACAUGAACAGGCUUUGGCGAUAUACGUCCAAAUAUUAGGAGACGUGGAAAGAGCAAUAAAAUAUUGCGAGAACGCGUGUGAGAAUGGCAAAGACAAGAACCGAGACGUGUAUGUGAUACUGAUGAGGAUACUGAUGAACCCCGACAAGAGUACGGCCCUGAGCGGUCCGUUAGCGGACGUGCCGCGACACCCCGCCACCGCCGCACCGGACCUGGAGACGGCCCUGUCUAUAUUAGAGAAACAUGCUGAUCAAAUAUCACCUUUGAAGGCUCUUUCAGUAUUACCGGAUUCGGUGCCGCUCAUCCGGCUCAAACAUUUUCUAGAGAGUGCUUUGGAAAGUCAAUUGACUCUGAAGCGACGAACUCAAGUCCUCAAAGGCUUAUUAUACGCUGAACACAUGCAGGUACAAGAACUUAAACAGUACCACGAAUCAAAAAGCGUAGUUAUUAACGACUACAACGUGUGUCCAGUGUGCAAGAAGCGAUUCGGAAACCAAAGUGCAUUCGUUCGAUACCCUAACGGAGACAUAUUGCAUUAUUCCUGUACUGCAAAAGUCAAGUUUUAGUGUUUUACUUCCCAUUUAAAUGAAAACCCACUUUAUUUGUAUAUCCUUAAGGUCCAGAAACAUUUCUAUAUAUACAAAUGUAAAAAUUGCACGUAAAUAUUUAAUUUAGAACUUAUUUAUUAUUAGCUUGGUAUAAGUGAAUUUGUUUAAGUGAAACCAAUAUAAUAAAUUCAAAGGUAUCGAACCUUUUUUAUAAUGAAACAAAUAAAAAUGAUGAAAUAAGAUCAAGCGCAAUGCAAUGUGAAGUGUAUGUAAUUAAAACUGUAUACAGUGUGAUAUAUUAAAAUAAAUGUAGUUUGUUUAUAUUCCAUGAUUAUAAUUGAAUGUAUAUGUAAAUGAACUAAAUAGACUUUUUUAAGCA